CCUGAUGCCUUUCGAUUGAGUCGUAGGUGAGAGAGAUCGAAGAAGAAUGAGCUCACAGCUCCUAACUCUGCAUUCUGCACCCAUUCCCAACAAGACAAUCACAAACACCAAAACCACAACGCCAACAACAACCCCUCUCUACCAAAGAAUCUUCAUCCCUUCCCAUGUCUAUAGACAUCCUUCAGCUAUUCUCUUAGAACUCUGCACUUCAAUGAAAGAGCUUCAUCAAAUCCUUCCCUUUAUCAUUAAAAACGGUUUCUACAAUGAGCACUUGUUUCAGACCAAGCUUAUCAGCUUGUUCUGCAAAUAUGGCAGCAUCAGUGAGGCAGCACGUGUUUUUGAGCCUGUUGAGCACAAGCUUGAUGUUCUUUACCACACCAUGCUCAAAGGGUAUGCAAAAAACUCAACUUUAGGUGAUGCCUUGGGCUUUUACCAUAGGAUGAAGUGUGAUGAGGUUAGGCCUGUGGUGUAUGAUUUCACUUACUUGUUGCAGCUGUGUGGUGAGAAUUUGGACCUCAAAAGGGGUAGAGAGAUUCAUGGACAGAUGAUAAUUAAUGGGUUUGAGUCCAAUUUGUUUGCCAUGACUGCUGUUAUGAACUUGUAUGCUAAGUGUAGGCAGAUUGAAGAUGCGUAUAAGAUGUUUGAGAGAAUGCCGAAGAAGGACUUGGUUUCUUGGAAUACGUUGGUUGCGGGGUAUGCGCAGAAUGGCUUUGCCAGGAGGGCUGUGCAGUUGGUUUUACAGAUGCAGGAAGCUGGCCAAAAGCCAGAUUCAAUCACAUUGGUCAGCGUUUUGCCGGCUGUGGCAGAUGUCAAGGCUUUGAGAAACGGAAGGUCUAUUCAUGGUUAUGCUUUCAGAUUAGGAUUGGAAUUUCUGGUUAAUGUUGCAACAGCACUUCUGGAUAUGUACUUCAAAUGUGGGUCUGUGAGGACUGCAAGGUUGGUUUUUAACGGAAUGAGUAGUAAGAAUGUUGUUUCGUGGAAUACGAUGAUUGAUGGUUAUGCACAAAAUGGUGAAUCUGAAGAAGCGUUUGCAACAUUUUUGAAGAUGCUGGAUGAAGGGGUGGAACCGACAAAUGUUAGUAUGAUGGCAGCUUUACAUGCUUGUGCUAAUUUAGGUGAUAUUGAAAGAGGGAGAUUUGUUCACAAAUUGUUGGAUAAGCAGAAACUCAGUUUCGAUGUGUCAGCUAUGAAUUCUUUAAUAUCCAUGUAUUCAAAGUGUAAGAGAGUUGAUAUUGCUGCCUCAGUAUUUAAUAAUUUGACAAAGAAAACAAUCGUAACAUGGAAUGCCAUGAUAUUAGGUUAUGCACAGAAUGGCUGUGUAAAUGAAGCUUUAAAUCUAUUCUGUAUGAUGAAAUCUCAAGACAUUAAACCUGAUUCCUUUACAUUAGUGAGUGUAGCUACAGCUCUUGCAGAUUUAUCAGUUACCCGCCAGGCUAAGUGGAUUCAUGGACUUGCUGUAAGAACUUUGAUGGACAAGAAUGUCUUUGUUGCUACAGCUCUUGUUGACAUGUAUGCAAAGUGCGGAGCCGUUCAAACAGCAAGAAAGCUUUUUGACAUGAUGCAAGAACGACAUGUGAUAACAUGGAAUGCAAUGAUAGAUGGAUAUGGGACACAUGGCCUUGGAAAAGAAGCUCUGUAUCUCUUCAAUGAAAUGCAAAAGAGUACUAUUAAGCCCAAUGGUAUAACAUUUCUGUCUGUUAUCUCAGCUUGUAGUCACUCAGGUUUAGUGGAAGAGGGCCUCUAUUACUUCGAAACCAUGAAAAAAAUUUACGGCUUGGAGCCUGCAAUGGAUCACUAUGGUGCCAUAGUUGAUCUCCUUGGUCGCGCCGGCAAGCUAGAUGAUGCUUGGAAUUUCAUCCAACAGAUGCCCAUCAAACCAGGAAUAACGGUUUUAGGUGCAAUGCUAGGUGCUUGCAAAAUCCAUAAAAAUGUAGAAUUGGGAGAAAAGGCUGCAGACAAACUAUUUGAGUUAGACCCAGAUGAUGGUGGGUAUCAUGUAUUGCUCGCGAACAUUUAUGCCUCUGCUUCAAUGUGGGACAAAGUUGCUAAGGUGAGAGCAGCGAUGGAGAAGAACAGGAUCCAGAAAACUCCAGGGUGCAGUUUGGUGGAGUUGAGAAAUGAAGUUCACACAUUCUACUCAGGAAGUACUAAUCAUCCUCAAUCCAAAAGAAUCUAUGCUUUUCUUGAGACUCUUGGAGAUAAGAUCAAGGCUGCAGGUUAUGUGCCUGACACCAAUUCAAUUCACGACGUAGAAGAAGACGUGAAGGAACAAUUGCUUAGUAGCCAUAGUGAGAGGCUUGCCAUUGCUUUUGGACUUCUAAAUACAAAGCCUGGUACAACAAUACACAUUAGGAAGAAUCUAAGAGUUUGUGGUGAUUGCCAUGAUGCCACUAAGUACAUUUCACUAGCGACAGGGAGGGAAAUUAUAGUGCGCGAUUUACGAAGGUUCCAUCAUUUUAAGAAUGGAAGCUGUUCUUGUGGGGAUUACUGGUGAAUCAAUAGAUACCUGUGUUGUCUUCAUUCUGUAAUGGUUCCUUUGGUGAGGGCCAGUAGCUUGAGAGUUAAUUGAGUCCCCUCAAUGGAUAUACUCAUUAAGUUUACUUCCCUAGAUGAAUGCCAUUAUUUGGAUCAAUUAUGGAGAUGAGAAUGACUCACAAAACCAGACAACAAAUGAUAGAUCCUUCCAUAACAUAGAAACAAAAAAGAAUGUAAACCAUAUAACCUCCAAUUUUCAAAUAGAGAAGCCCUACAAAUGGCAGGUAGGUGGCCACAACAGUAGAUUAGUGAUAACUGAGGAAAAAUAAAUGGCAUUAAUGGAACUGAGGACAAGGAAUAAGAGAAGGAAAAUGUGUUCAAAAAGAUUAGAGAAAAAUAAUGUUAUAAACUUAUAAAAUUGGGAAAUAAGAAUUUCUUU